AUGUUAAAGUUAGAAGGUAUUAAUAUUAAAGAAGCUCGCAACCUUCUAAAUCAUUAUGGACUUCCUUCUGAUGGUACCGAUGAAGAAAUACAGCGACAACUUGAAGUUUUAGAAUUUCCAGCUGAUGAAAAUACUAAUGAAAUACGUUCUGAUGAAGAGGACAUUAUUGAAAAUAGAUAUGAUCAAAGGGAAGAUGAAAAUAAUUACGCUCAUGAUGGGGAAAUUGAUUCUGAAUUAGAAGAGGGUGAAACUCGUGAACAUGAUACUGAUACCGAUAAGGAUGCGUUCGUUUGUAGAACGAGUUGGAGUGAUGAUCCUUCUUCCUUUAAAAAUGUAAAUAACAACUCAACGGAAACUAUCAAAGACGUUGAAACUACAAACGAUAUUACUUCCAUGGAGGGUUCUGAUGAUUACGAUCUUCCCAAAAGUCGAAAAGAAUUUCCAAGUGAAGAUGAAAGAACUGAUAGUGCUUUGGAUACUAGUUUACAUGAAUCAGAAGAUGGUUCCGGUUCUGUAACUUCUUCACCACCAAGAUUACAGACUGUAGUAUCUCUUAAAGAUGAUGUUAAUCACACGCAAUCUCAAAAUAAUUCCAUCGUUAACGUCGAUGAUGUAUCUUCGUUGAACCUUUCUUCUUUAAACCAUCGACAGGACGAUUCUUCAAAUCUUGAAUUUAAUGUGUCCAAAAUUGUGAAUCCUAUUAUUAAUUGUAUUGCUGAUCUAAAAUCCAAUUUCCACGCUGAACUGGAAAAACUUCAUUAUCGUGUGGAUCCAAAACUCUUUAGUUCUAUGAAUGGGUCAUCCGAUGAUUGGCAGCCAGCAGAAUUUGAAAAGGCUCAAGAUCAAAACCGUUAUGAUGCUGUUAUUACUGCCGGAAAAUUAUUGGAUCUUAUCCUGUCCUUAUUUCUUCCAAAUGAAGCUAAUGAACAUAUCUCUCAAGCCCUCACUGUAGCGGAUCUCGCUAUUGAAUCUGUUAAUAAAGCCAUUGAUAAAAAUAAUGUAGAACAAUCUACCUCAGGACAAUACAUCUCAACACAAGAAGAUACUCUUACGAAUCAAGUCUUGUCAAAUAAUGUAAGAGGUGAAAAUUUCCUUGAUUCGACUAAAGCGGAAGGAACCGGUGGUCAAUCACCUGUCGCAAACGGGACAAAACCACGCCGGUUGUCAAAUCAGAAUCGUAGAUCUAACAGGGCGAGACGUAGAUCAACUAGUGUACAGAUUGAAAAUGCAUCUGGUAGUGGGACAAGACCUUUGCAAGAAUCAACAUCCUCCCGUGAUAUUGAACGACAAGAAGACAUUCAUUCACUUCGCCUUUCAACAAGUCCAAAGGCACCAUUUAGAGCUCGUUCAAACAACGGCAGAAACGCUGUCAAUAUUCCAACAAAUAACCGCCGCUUUAUUGGAUUUCUACCUUCUAGAUGCUUUACAUGCGGCGGUAUUGGUCAUUUUGCGAAUAAUUGUCCCAACAAAGGUAGUUAUAUCACUACUUUAUCACCUCAACAACCAAUGCGUCGACGACGUUCCACUCGAUUCAAGCGAAAUAAUAAGAUCGAUACUAGUGAGAUUGAAGCUGUAAGUUUUAAUUAA